AUGGUGACUCUGAUCCAUCUGAUUAUGAUGAUGGCUCCGACUACCAGCCUUCCGGUGAUGAUGAAAGUGACAAUUCUCAGGGACAUGCUGCCCCACCCACCCCCCCCUCCAGCCCAGCCUCUUCAAGCUCAAGCCCAACCUAUUCAAGCUCAGGCUCAAGGACCUGCACCACUUCCUGCCCCACCUCCAGCCCAGCCUCUUCAAGCUCAAGCCCAACCUAUUCAAGCUCAGGCUCAAGGACCUGUACCACUUCCUGCCCCACCUCAGGUUGCUGCUGUUGCUGGGGGUGCAGGUAACCAGGCAAAUGUACAAGGCAGAGGUCGUGGGCGUGGGCGUGGGCGUGGUGGGGCUAGAAGACAACGUGAACCAGAGUGGCAAUGGGUCCUUGCUAAUAAUGAUUUUCAACCUACAGUUGUCCCAAUGGCUGCCCGAGAGAGGAUAAAGGUUAGAAUGGGUAAUGGUCCAGGUGUCAUGGAUUUUUUUCAUCUUUACAUUAGCAACGAGAUGAUAGAUAUCAUGGUGGAGGAGACUAAUCGUUGUGCUGAUCAGUUCGAGGAGAAGUAUCGGGAUGACAUUCGAAAUGGUGUGAAAGCUUUUGAUUGGACCCCAGUGGGUGUGAAUGAUAUGAAAACUUUCCUGGGUGUAAUUCUCCUGAUGGGAAUUCACCACCAACCAGAAAUUAGCAUGUACUGGAGUCGUGACGAAUUAUUCAAUUGUCCAAUUUUCAGUGCAACUAUGCCAAGGGAUCGAUUCAAGGCCAUCUUACGAUUUUUGCACUUCAAUGACAAUACGCACUACAACCAAGAUGAUCCAGACAGGGAUAGACUCUAUAAGAUUUGUAGAUUGAUUGACUGUUUGAAGGCAAAUUGUCAACAAGCAUUCGAGCCAGGCAAAAAUAUUUGUGUUGAUGAAUCUCUCCUGUUGUUCAAAGGACGCUUGGCCUUCAAACAAUAUAUCAAGACAAAGAGAUCUCGGUUUGGGGUCAAGUUUUAUGAGCUCUGUACGAGUAAUGGUAUCUUGCUAGACUUUGAAAUCUACUGUGGUAUCAGAUUGCCAGAAAUCCAGGGUUUGUCAACUACAGAAACCAUAGUUGCCACUCUGAUAGAACCACAUUUGAAUGCUGGGCGGUGCAUCUUCCUAGACAAUUACUAUACUUCACCCAAUCUUGCAGCCUGGCUUCUAGCUAGGGGAACCUAUGUCAUCGGAACUGUCAAAUCAAACAGGAAAAACUUUCCUAAGGCCUUGGCUACUGACAGAAUUGAGAAGGGACAAUCAAUAUUCUACAGAUGUAAUGAUGAACAUGUCUUGGCAGUAAAGUUCCGUGCUCUAAAAGACAAGUCAACAGGCAAGCCUAAGAUUGUACACUUGUUGAGCACUGCAACAGCUGCUGAUACUGGUCCCACUGGAAAGAAGGACAGAGCAGGGAAUGAUGUGAUCAAACCGACAUGCGUCCUGCAGUAUAACCAGCAGAUGGGAGGUGUCGACAUGAUGGACCAACAACUACAUGGAUUUCACACGUGCAGAAAAUCGUACAAAUGGUACAAGAAGGUUGCCUUCCACAUGAUAAUGCAAGGCUGCCUCAGUGCAAACAAGUUGUACAAUCUUCAGCAAGGAAAAAAAACUCCUUUUCUGAACUAUUUGCAUGAUGUUGUAGCCAUGUUACUGAGAUCAAGUCCCAAGCUGAACAAACUUGUCAUUCGGGAGGAGACCGUGCACCGACUUACCGGACGUCAUUUUCCUGUCCUCAGAGGAUUUGUACCCAGUGGAAAGCGGAGGAAAACAAAGAACUGUAAAGUUUGCUAUGCUAGGGGCCUAAGACGACCAUCUGGCAAACCAUUGGAAACAGUGAUGGUGUGCAAAAAUUGUCCAUCACACCCGGGACUACACGUGGACAGGGACUGCUUUGAAGCUUACCAUACUGAAGUUGACUAUUCUGGACACCCCCUAAUAGACAAUGAUGACUAUUAG